UGUUGUAUAGGCAUUUGGAUGCCGGAGGCCAUGGCUUGUAUGACUAUGAGGAGCUUAGACAGAUGGACCGUUAAUCAUCUCCAAAUUAUUUCAAAAUCCACAAAAAAACAAAGCUUUGAACCUUCAAAUCACAUUCUUCUUUCAAUACCCACUUCGAGAAGAUGUGCAAUUUUGAUAUCUUCGUUGCCCUUUAGCCUCAUUUCCCUACCUCAGUUAUCAGAGGCCAGAGAAAGACGCAACAGGAAGGUCAUCCCCCUUGAAGACUAUCUCACUGCUCCUAAUGGGUUAAAAUAUUAUGAUGUUGUUGAGGGGAAGGGUCCAGUGGCUGAAAAAGGAUCAACAGUUGAGGUGCACUUUGAUUGCUUAUAUAAGGGUAUAACUGCUGUGUCGAGUAGAGAAUCUAAACUUUUGGCUGGUAACCGUAUAAUUGCACAGCCAUACGAGUUUAAAGUUGGAGCACCUCCAGGCAAAGAAAGGAAGCGAGAAUUUGUAGACAACCCAAAUGGUCUGUUUUCUGCACAGGCUGCACCAAAACCACCAGCUGCUCUGUACUCAGUAACAGAAGGAAUGAAAGUUGGAGGAAAGAGGACUGUUAUUGUUCCUCCUGAGGCUGGGUAUGGCCAAAAGGGAAUGAAUGAAAUCCCACCAGGAGCUACAUUCGAGCUGAAUCUUGAGCUUUUGCAAGUACUGCCACCUGAAGAGAAGUGAGAGCUCAUAUUUGGUAUGGUUGCAAGAAGAACAUCUCAUCAUGGUAAAAUGAAUUUUUGCUUCUGCUGUGGAAAAGUGCAUCUAGCUUAACGAUUCAUUUGGAAGAGCAUUUCUUCUUUCCCCAUAGGCCUAACCUGUCCACUAGCCAAGUCCAUAUUACUUCCAAUUUGAUUUGGAGAAGCACAUUGUUGUUUGUUACUUCUGCUAUUACAUGAUGAAUUUUUACAAAUUUAUUUGUUUACUUCUGGGGGAUGUGUUCAGUCUUCACCUAUUGUUUCAAAACAAAUAUACAUAUUCUACUAGAUAUUUAAUUUUCCAGAUGAUUUUUCUA